AUGAAGAAAAUUAUUGUAAAAGAGUUCCGUGAAAUUAUAACAGACCCCAUUUUCCUAACUGCUUCUGAAAAUAAAAUUGUGCAACAUGAUGAGUUGCCCAUGGUAAAUGAUGAGCUUUCGGUGACUCUGUAUCUGAAAGUUAAAAGCACUGAGAAUAGUAUCCGCACUCCUGGACUCUGGUUGCACCCAAAAAAAACUACACUGUAUGCCCGUUUCUCAGGCAAUUGGUCCUGUGAUGCUGGAAUUGGUGAGACUACCGCCAAGCUUUCGUUGAAUAAAUGGCACCAUAUAAGUUACACUCUUUCUGAUUUUAAAAAGAGAUUAGACCUCUACAUAGAUUGUUCAUGGAUCGGAUUCUGUGGCAUCGAGAAUGUUCAGACGCAAAAGGUUCUGUUCAACACUGGACCAUUGCAUAUUGGAUCAGCAUUUGACCAAGGGUUUACUGGUGAAAUUAGCAAUUUUCGUUACUUUAACUGGCGCCUUUCUGCUAAAGAAGUGGAAAAAAACUUUUUGGUAGGACACCUUUUAGUCUUUUAG